AGGAAAUUUGAUUAUGUUGAUUCUCAUGAACAAUAUCUUCAACGGUCCACUUCCAGAGGGAAUCGGUGAGUGCAAGUCUCUUACCAAGAUUCGAACCACAAGAAACUUCCUCAAUGGAACGAUCCCCACCGGAGUUUUCAACUUACCGCUGGUCACACAAAUGGAGUUAGAUGACAAUUUGUUCUCCGGUGAACUGCCUUCAGAGAUGUCAGGUGCUAAGCUAGGCCUGCUGAAAAUGUCCGGUAAUAUGAUCACCGGAACAAUUCCUCCGGCGAUACGUAAUUUGGCUAAUUUACAGACCCUGUUUCUCGAUGCAAACAGAUUUUCUGGUGAAAUUCCUGAGGAGAUCUUCAAGAUCAAGUCACUUUCGAAGCUGAACAUCAGCAACAACGACAUUAGCGGUGAAAUACCUGCUUCAAUUUCUCAAUGCACAUCACUUAAUUCAAUUGAUUUGAGUAGAAACAAGCUUACUGGAGAAAUUCCGAAAGGCAUUUCUAAGCUGAUUGAUUUGAGCAUCCUCAAUUUGUCAAGGAACCAGCUUAGCGGUGAAAUUUCCGAUGAAAUUAGAUACAUGACGGGCCUCACAACUCUCGAUCUUUCAGAUAAUGAUUUCUCCGGUGAAAUCCCCACUGGUGGUCAAUUUUCAGUUUUCAACGCAAGCUCGUUUUCUGGAAAUCCCAACCUUUGCUUAUCGCGCCGAGAAAGUUGUGCAUCUUUGGUUAGCAGGGCUGGAGCUUCAGGCCACCAUGCGAAGCCGUUCACGGCCUCGAAACUCAAAAUCACAGUUAUCUUUUUAACCGUUUCGUUAUGAAGGUUUUUUUUUUUUUUUGUUUCCCUCUUUUCGGCCAACAAUGUUAUGGUGCUUCCAAUCUUACAAAUUAAAAUGUUCUUUAUCCU